GCAUUUAUUGGUGAAUUUCACCGACUAGAGAAGAGAUGGGCUUUAUUCUUUAUAUACUAUGUUUUCUCUACCUUUCCAUACCGUGCGAAAGCUAUUAUGAUUAUGAUUUAGAACCAGAAGUAGCGAUAGGAUGGUUUAAAACGAAUGCUACUAUCAUCGAAGGUGAAGAGAUUAUGUUGGACUUUGGUAUUAUCUCUAGCUUAGACAGUUGGCCUUAUAUAAAUCCUAUUGAAUGUCAGCUCAAGUCACCUGGAUCAGUUGAUUUAGUUAUUCCCAGUGAUAGUUUCUAUUUGAAAAAAACAUGGCCAAUAGAGAAUUUAGAACUUUUUGGCUUAAACGACGAUUCAUCAUGUUCCGAUAAAAAGUAUCGUAUAGAAGCGAGAUGCUUUGAAAGUGAGGAAACGGGAAGAGUGAUAGAUGUUAAAAAUGCUUAUUUGGAUUUAUACGUAAUAAAUUCAACACCAGCUAGACAUUGCGAAGCUCCCUAUUUCUCUCAAAAGGUUUUAGGCGUCAACGAAGAAGGUGUACUGGUCAAGGAGCUAAUCUGUUAUGAUACUUUUGGAAAAGCUGGUAGUCAGUAUGAGCUAAUUUCGGAUAAUGUUCUAAAUCUUGCGUCUAUAUUCGAAUUUCAGCGAGAUUAUUAUGUUGGGAAGAUAUUCUUUAACACUCCAUUGGAAAAUAUUAUCAUAUCAACUAUUAGCAUAGCUAUAGGCAAACACACGCAAUUAUUUUGGAAUGGUCAGGGUAAUUAUUUUAAUGGUGACGAAGAUUCUGGACCAAAUUUAUCAGUCAACUUGUAUGGAUCAACUGCAAUAUUUAGCUAUUAUGAAGCCGACAGAAUUCAAGUGAUAAAAGUAAAUAGAGUGACCAGACAGAAUGGCGAAAGCUAUUUGAACGUUAUGAUUGACGAAUCGACAGGUGAAAUGAACGUAUUCGAUACACAUCAUAACGGUAUAUUCCAAAUUGUUUCAAAUCAAGAUUAUGAAUUUUUUAAACCAAUUCAAAAAAAUAGAAGAGUGACUCUUGUUAAAGUGAAUGGAGUUGUUGUUAAAUCAUAUUUAAAGAAUACUUUUGAUCAUAAUGAAACAUGUUAUACGCUUUUGUUAAAUCAAAUUAUAAGUCCUAAUCUACUUGAAAAGUUUUCAAAACCUUUGAAUCGUUUAGAUAAAAUGCUCUAAUUUUUAUUGUCUUGUAUACUGCAAUUAAAAUUGAAAAAUACAGUAUUACCUAUAAAAAAA